AGAUUCUUAAAUCCAACCGUGUUUAAGCACGGUACAUGUUGAACAAAAAGAAAGAGGUCCACUUGAGUGGGCAACUAAAACUUCAUCCAAAAAUAGUUUGUGCCAAUUUAACGAACACCCGGCAGAAAUCACAAACGUCGUACCGUUCGAUACCUCUGCCCUCUCCGGCGGUUCCCACCACCGACGCGGCGAAGAUGAUAACUGGUCGUUUCCAAGUGCCACUCUUCAUCUUUCUCAUCCAAUUCACUGCGUUUGCAUCAUCUUCUCCUUCUCCUUCCACCCACUCCAAUCUCACCCACAUUUUGCAGGAUGUUUUGAAGGCAAUUUCGACGAAAGAGAAGUGGGAUUUGAAGGAAGUGAGGGUUCUGAAGUUGGAUGUUGGCAAGGUUAGGUUUGGCAAUUCCCAGGAUUACAAGUUCCGAAUCGGAUUUGGCAAGAACAACCUUACCCUUAAAUUCUCUGACCAAGUUUCCUCUUGGAACAAGUUCAGAAACCCCAAACCAGAUUUAGGGUCUCUAAUUCGUCGUGUCAGUUCCCUCCCCCAGCUUGAUUCUCUAAAAUUGAAUGGUCCUUUCGAGUUGCGCGUCGAUGAUCUUCACCAUCUCUCACUCUCCUUGCCAAUGAAUGUUUCGUAUAGUGGUUUGAAACACAUCCUUGUUGGUGAAGGUAUUACGGUGGAAGUAAGAGGAGCUCGAGAAAUCUCUCUUUUUUACUCGUCUGAUCUUGAUCUGCAAAUGAAUGGAAGUACCAAGUGUAGCAAGGGGGAGAGUGACUUUUGGCCCUUUAUGCAAUCGAUGUGCUUGCCUUUGAUUCCAAUACGCAUAUUCGGGUCUGCGUCGUUGAUUGCUUAUAGAGCUCGGAACCCUUAUGCGCAUAUUGAAACUACACUAAUUUCGGAUGACACUGUUGAGCUGCUUUCAGAAAAAUGUUACCAUGGUCAUAUGUAUAGAAAGCGAGGAUGCCCCAUUGACUCCUUAAGUUUGAGAUUAAGUUUGUUUCAGAAAGUUUUGAGGAGUCUAAUUGGUCAUAAGAUCCUUCAAGAUCAGUUUUCCGGCCUUCUCAAAGCAAAUAUCAAAGCAUCAGCUGAUGUAAAGUUCCCCUUAGAAUUGGAAAGGGACAUAGGGAAUAACAUCACUCUUAGUUUGAUGCCUGAUUGGAGAACAAGACCCAGUGUAGAAAGGGUUUGGUUUGAGAUAAUUGCCAGAGUUGAGGAAAACAGGCUCAAACCUAUUUUGAUCAAGAAAGUGAAGCCUUUUAUUGAAUCUGAUUCAAUAUCCUGGGCUAAUUUGAUGUCUAAUAUGUCUUAUACAAAGUUGCGACCUGCUCUUCUUCCUCCGGAGUCUCUUACACUGGAUGUGAAAUGGUAGGAGGUACUCUUGUUAGUUGUAGUUUUUGCUUACACCUUUUUUUAGGCUUUGCUUGUAGAUUUCUGUUGAUCUUGUAAUACACAAAAUUCGUUCACUAAUUCCUGUAAACUAUCACUCAUGCACUCAUGAUUUGUCUUGUAGAUACCAAAAUAUGAGAGGAGAAAAAGAAAAUAGAAAAACAAUAUGCUUUACAUGC